AUGACCGAGUCGAACGACCACAACCGGGUACUACGCAAGUCCUUCGCUUGCGAUGAGUGUAAGCGACGCAAGAUCCGCUGUUCGGGUGGUGACCGAUGCGCCAAUUGCUCUCGGGACUCCAAGGACUGCCGGUACUCGUCCCCAUCGCAGAGACUGGUGUCGCUGCAGAGGCGACUGCGGGAGAGCGAGGCCAUUCGCUCGGAUAUGGUCAAGGCCUGGAGGCUGCAUCUCCCGGGAGUAGAUCUGGAAGCUGCUCUACGCAGUCUCCCCAAAGAGCCGGCAGAUUCCCAAGAGGCACUCCCAUGUGAAGCCGAAGAUGUGAUGCAAGUGAAUGAUGCAGUGGGCCAAAAGAAUGAGGCAACCGAUGAUGGGAUUGAAGAGCCAGCGGAAACCCCGAUGGAACCGACCAACGCUGAGGACUAUGAGUUUGAUGAAUCUCUAGAUGUAGAAGGUUCCAUCGACGGCAUGGCAUUUCUGACAGCGGGUCCACACAAAGCUGGCUACACUGGACCGCAAUCUGGCAUUGCUGCUCUCAAGUUCCUCCAAUCGCUUCCGCCGUAUCUACCCAUCCUAUAUGCAUCUCCUUUAUCUAAUCCCGACGACCAUGACAUCCCCGAAGCAUCAUCUCAAACAUCAGCAACCAUCAACCAUUACAUCGAUGAAUAUUUCUCGCUCUACCACCCAGCAUACCCCAUCCUUCACGAAGGAACAUUCAGAGCUCGAGUGUCUGGCGCACUUGCAAAACCCAGAGACGGCUCCUGGCCCUUGUUAUACAGUUCCGUUCUCGCCAUUGGUGCAUUUGUCAGCGGACCUAAUAGUAUGAGGAAUGAUUUGCCUUUCUUCAAAGAGGCUCGAAAACACCUGAGCAUGGACAUUCUUGAGAAGGGCUCGCUCAGCUACGUCCAGGCCUUAACUCUGUUGGCGAACUAUAUGCAGAAACGCAAUAAACCCAACGCAGGGUUCAUCCUUAUUGGCAUCGCCUUCAGCAUGGCAUUGGCCAUCGGCCUGCACAGGGAGUUCGACACGCCCACCACAUCGCCUUUCACCAUGGAGAUACGCCGGCGUGUCUGGUGGACUUUGUUUGUGUUUGUGUCUGGUGCACAGCUGGCCCUGGGACGUCCCGCAGCCUCUCUGGUUGGGGUGAAUGUCCAGCUUCCCGCGAAUCUCGAUGACUGGGACCUUGCCGUGGAUAUGGACGAAAUGCCACCGCCCAAGCCUGAGCCUACCGUUUCGUCCUGCCUCAUAAUGCAGGUCAAGCUAGCAAAGGUUGCAAACACCGUGCAUAGCGAGCUUCUGACUCAUCGUCGCCCGAGCUACGCGAAGGCGAUGAAGUUGGAGGAGAUCAUCCAGUCAUGGUGGAGUAAUCUUCCUCCUUAUUUUGACGAAGCGACUAUUUUAGAACCUAAACUGGAGUUCCCCAAGAGGGUGCUCCUCUGGAGAUCAUUUAAUUUACGAAUAGUGUUGAACCGGCCCUUCUUAUUCGAGAAUAUCGCCGCGGGAGCACAGCUCGACAUUUCAAUCAAGCCCAUCAAUUCAUGCAUCACGGCAGCAGAUGAAUGCGUCACUUCUAUUUGCGGAUUCAUGAAAUCCAUCGAGAUGCCCAGGAGAGGCUUUGCUUGGUAUGCGACUGCAUGGUUGAUCACCGCCAGUUUCGUGCAGGCGACAUGCUUAAUUUACAGCCCCAACCAUCCGCUUUCCGCAGGCUGGAAGGUCUCUCUCUUUCAAGCCGUCGAGUGUUUACAAGUACUCGGAUCCUCGCUAGACGUUGCGCUUCGCGCCAAAGACAUCAUUCAAAAUGUAUUGGAGAAUCGGGGCUUCUCGAGUCCUGCUCCCGCCGGGAGCAUGAAUCCAAUAUCGACGACAUUAUCAAGACUUGGCGUGAACAUGCCUGAGAAUUCAGCCGCCAGCACCAAUCAAGCCCCGAGUGAUCUCUCUUCCAUGUGGUCUGAGGACUGGUUCACCCGGCUACCUCAAGGUGGUGAUAAUUCUGACUUUCUCGGCGCUGCUAGCGGUUUGAUGUAUGGCAAUGUCUUUGAUGUAUCGUAA